GUGUCUCUGAAGUUCUCCUCCCUCCAGGAGCUUCCAGCAGAGAGGACCACCCUCAGUCUCAAGGCUCACCCUGGCUCCUUGUGUUCUGUUAGAGCUAUUGACCAGAGCGUCCUGCUGCUCCGGACUGAGCAGGAACUUACUGUCAGCUAUGUAUAUAGUCAGCUGCCUGUGGAGAAGCUGUCUGGGUACUCCUAUGAUGUUGAGGACUCAGAGCCAUAUCCCUGCUACCCCUUGCCAGUGCCAGAUAUGGUAAUAGAUGCAGAUUUGGAGACAGCAGCACCGCCAACAGCACCACCAGCACCGGCCAUUGUGAGCGACAAUCUGGGAGCACGGCGAGAAACGCGCUCGAUCUACUAUGGACCAGGCAGUCAGAAGAAUGACGUCUACAGCAUCUUUAAAGUAAAACAUUUGUUCAUCUAAUCUGAUGUCUGACUGAAACUACACAGUAAUGUCUCCUAUUAGCUGCAGAAGACAUGAUUCAAGAUUCAAAGCGUUUGUUGUGAUGUGUACAAAGAAAAGCAUUUCUCUGUACGAUGAAAUACGUUCUCUGCUGUCCACACAUGGAUGCCGGAUAAUAUGUACAAAUAGAACUAGAACAGAUAAAUACAAAUAGUAUGAAUAAAUAAAUGGAGACAAAAAAUUGAAGUAUUAAAUAGAUUUGUGUGCAAAAGAACUAUGAGCUUAAUAUGCUGGUUUGAUAUGUGAGAUGUGCAAAAAUGAUUAUUACUGUUAGAAUAGGUCAGCGGUUCAGGAGUCUGAUAGCAGUGGGGAAGAAGGAGUUGUUGAGUCGAGAUGUUCUGGAUUUCACACUUCUGAACCUCCGCCCUGAGGGCAGAAGUGUAACCGGUCCGUGUUGGAAGUGUGUGGGGUCUUUGAGGAUGGAGGCAGCUCUCCUCUGGACUCUGUGAUGGUAGAUGCUCUGCAGAGAGGGCAGCGGGGUCCUGGUGAUCUUUGCAGUUAUUAUCACUCUCUGCAGGCGUUUGCGGUCCAUAGCAGUAGUGCUGCCGUAUCCAGGUGAGGUCCUCACUGAUGUAGACGCCCAGGUAUCUAAAGCUGCUCGCCCUCUCCACACCAAUCGCUGCAGUAUCGUCCGCAAACUUCAGUAUGGUGUUAUCCCUAUUGGAGACGUACAGGGUGUAGAGGAUGGGACUGAGGACACAACCCUGUGGAACGCCAGUGUUUGUAAUAAUGCUGGUCCUGUUGCCGAUCCUGACCGACUCGGGCCUACCAGUCAAAAAG